GAGCUGGGUAGCACUAAAACUAACUGUCUGCUCUGUCGCUGCUGCUGCUCUCGUCGUUGCUGGGGGGAUUGCUGCCUUGAGCCUGGUGUCUGCUGUGCUGGGGAGCCUUGCUUUGUGCUGCCUGCCUCCCCUGAUUCACUGAAGCUGCUCCUCUCUCCUUCUGCUGCCGUCUUGUCUGUCGGGGGAAAUCUUAUCCUUUCUUCUUACCUUUAUUUUGUAAGAGCUGAUGCAGUUCUCUUGCAUGGCUGAGUGACGUCACUGUCAGCACAACAUCCAAGACUCUGAAGAAGCAGUGGCAAGCAGGAUGCUUUUCCCCACAUCCACGCAAGAGUCUUCCCGUGGCCUCCCAGACACCAAUGAUCUGUGCCUUGGCCUGCAGUCUCUCAAUCUGACAGGGUGGGACAGACCCUGGAGCACCCAGGACUCUGACGCUGCAGCACAAACCAGCACACAGUCCGUUCUCAGCAUGCUGAGUAACCCUCUGGGGAACGUCCUGGGGAAGCCCCCACUGAGUUUCCUGCCUCUAGACCCCAUUGGUUCAGACUUGUCAGAAAAGUUUUCCACGCCAUCUCUGAGGAACUCUCGGUCCCUCCUGGAUUCCCGCUCCAGCAGCCCCUCGGACUCUGACACCAGUGGGUUCAGCUCUGGCUCUGACCACCUCUCAGACUUGAUCUCAAGCCUUCGCAUCUCCCCACCUCUGCCCUUCCUGCCUCUCAGUGGAGUGUCAAGAGACCCCCUGAAGAUGGGAGUGGGAUCCCAACUGGAACAAGAUCAAGCUGCCCUGGCUGCAGUAACUUCCUCCCCAGCCAGUGCAUCGAAAAGAUGGCCUGGAGCAUCUGCGUGGCCUUCCUGGGAUCUUCUGGACUCUCCAGAAGACCCCUUCAGUAUCGAAAGAGAAGCCCGGCUUCAUCGGCAAGCAGCAGCUGUGAACGAAGCAACCUGCACCUGGAGCGGGCAGCUGCCUCCCCGAAACUACAAGAACCCUGUAUACUCCUGCAAAGUGUUCCUGGGAGGAGUCCCAUGGGACAUCACGGAAGCUGGGCUGAUCAACACUUUCCGUGUUUUUGGCUCCCUGAGUGUGGAGUGGCCCGGUAAGGAUGGCAAACACCCACGCUGUCCUCCCAAAGGUAAUAUGCCUAAAGGAUACGUGUACCUAGUGUUUGAGUCAGAGAAGUCUGUGCGUGCACUGCUCCAGGCGUGCUCCCAGGACCUGCUGAGCCCUGACGGGCUCAGUGAGUACUACUUCAAGAUGUCCAGCCGCAGGAUGCGCUGCAAAGAGGUGCAGGUGAUCCCGUGGGUCCUGGCCGACAGCAACUUCGUGCGCAGCCCAUCACAGCGGCUUGACCCCAGCAAGACAGUGUUCGUGGGGGCUCUGCACGGGAUGCUCAAUGCAGAGGCCCUGGCAGCCGUCAUGUAUGACCUGUUUGGAGGGGUGGUCUACGCUGGCAUCGACACGGACAAGCACAAGUAUCCCAUUGGGUCAGGACGUGUCACCUUCAACAACCAGCGCAGUUACCUGAAGGCUGUGACUGCUGCCUUUGUGGAGAUCAAAACCACCAAGUUUACGAAGAAGGUUCAGAUUGACCCUUACCUGGAGGACUCCAUGUGCCAAGUCUGCAAUGCCCAGCCUGGCCCGUUCUUCUGCAGAGACCAGGUCUGCUUCAAGUACUUCUGCCGCUCCUGCUGGCACUGGCAGCACUCCAUGGAGGUCCUGCGCCACCACCGCCCACUGAUGCGCAACCAGAAGAACAGGGACUCCUCCAGCUAAAGGACGCCGGGGCCGCCGCAGGCGCAGGGGAGUCCCCUAGAGAACCUGCUGAGUGGGGAGCAGGGAAGCGCCUGCCGGAGCCAGGCCUGGCUGGGAACGUUCUUCCUGAGGACUGAUGGGGAAAAAAAAAAGAAAAAAAAAGAGGAAAAAAAAAAAACAAAAACAAAACAACAAAUCUUACAUUCAUGUUUGCACUUGCUGGUCUUUUUGUUUCUGCACUAAUGCACAGUGAGUUUUGUUGGGGUUUGUUUGGGGGUGUUUUGAGUGGGGGGGAGCGCCCCUCAAGCCAUUCUGCAGUUCCCAGACUUUGGUUCCUGGUUUGCUGAUGAGAAGCAAAAAUUGAAAAUGAAGAAAACCCAACCAACCAAGGGCCACGUGUCGCGGGGGUGCCACUGCAGGUGCCUCUGCCUUGGUUUUUUUAUUUUUUAAAGGCGCUUUUUUACAUUCCUUGCAAUACUGGUGGAGAGAGCGCAGGUCUCAUUGGUCAUUGUUUUGCCGUUGCCAUACAGUGCCUUUCCAUUCAUUUACCCCCACCUGGACGGCGUGACCUGGGUGUUCAGCUGGCGUUUUUUACUGUAACAACAAAGGAGACUUUGCUCUUCAUUUAAACCAAAUCAUAUUUCAUAUUUUACGCUCGAGGGUUUUUACGAGUUCCUUUUUACACUCUUAAAAAACAGUUUUUAAGUCGUUUGAAAUGAGAGAUUUUUUUCUUUCCUGGCAGCUUUUAACAUUAUUGCAAUUUGUGUCUGGGGGCUGCUGGCAGGACCUUGUAAAUCAAGGGGUUUGCAACAGGACAGGCUGGGCUUUGUUUUUGGAUUUGAAACUGGAUGGGAUGAUGAUCUCUGAGCUGCUGUAUAUAGUUUUAAAAUAGUUUGUUGCACUUUUUUAAGUUGCACUUAUGGGGGGUUGAUAGAGGUUUUUAAUCACACGAAGUCACAGGACUUAAACCUUUUCUUUUUGUAACAAGCUAAAAAAGGGCUGCGUUUGGGUGGAUGAUGAAGGUUCCUGGGAGCCCUUUCUCUUAGAGGGGACAAGUAAUUUUCCUUUCCUUCCCAAGAUGUUUGGAGUAACAGUGCAGUCGACUGAGAUGCUGCUGCUGGGAUUUGAGACCUUUAAUUAUGCCAAUUAUUAUUUUUUUGUUACUUCUCCCUCUAUCAGAAGCUGUGUGCCAAAGAACCAGUGUCAUAAUUUCUCCCUCUUUAUUAUGAUUUUUUUUUCUUUUCUGCUGAGCUGAUGUUGCAUUGUUGCAUAUCCCAGCUGCUCUUUGUGGGGUUUUGUGAAGCUGUUUGUGAAGUCUCUACCUCAUUGUAGUAUAUGCAGGCAAGACUGCACUCUCCUACAGACGCGUGGAGUAAGCUGUGGUGUAGUUUUUGGCACAUAAUAAACACGUUGCAGCAAA